GCUGCCUGCCUGCCUGCCUGUCCGUGUGUGGCUGCUGUUGCUGCGCGCCUUUUUCCGCCUCUUGGAGCAGCAGCAGCAGCUAACUUCCCUCCUAGCCUUUGGGGGCUUGAGUCUUCUUCCUGACUGGAAUAUGGCUUCGGAGACAGAUGACUCAUCAGCCAGGUCUGGCCCAAACAGGCCGCAUCAGCCAACAUCAGCUGAUGCAUCACCUCAUGGGAGGCGAUCCUAUUACCAGGCUACACUAAUGAGGGAACCCUGCACAACAAUGAAUCCUCAAAGAACGUCCUCAUCUAGAAGACCAGUGCCUGUUCCAGAUGAUGGGGUAUUGCUGGAAGGACUGCCAGGUCAACCAACAUGGCAAAGAGAUGUCGAAAUGCUCAGACGCCUUGUGUCAAGGCGAGAGGCUAGCUUGGAAGGCCGACCUAGGCCACAGAUUCAAGAACAGGAGAUCAUUCGUUUCCGAAGAGCUCUGUAUCGCUCUGGUAUUCAUGUUAGGAGCAUUGGAGAUGGAGGACGUUAUAGAGACACCUCAGCUGAAUUUCUUUGCAGGAAUUCUGCCUCUCUUCAGAGGCUGGUCCCAUGGCUAACGCGUGAACUUACUGUCUUGUUGGGCACUCUCAGCUCUCUAGUCAGGUUUGUGCAACGUAUCAUCAUGAGACAUGUGGUUAGACAUGAUAUGGAGAGCCAAGCACUUGCUAAAAUGUUAAAACCUUACUUGCUCCAUUGCACAGAACACUUCGUGCAUGGGUUUAUCAGCUUUGCCAGGUGCCCUUUUAAUAUAGAGGCAUAUGAUCAGCACGCAAACUAUGAGUGUCCUGCUCCUUCGUAUGAAGAAGGAAGUCGUUUGGGAUCCUCCAUUAUUACGAUCUCUCCAGAUGGGGCAGAUUCCCAACCAGCAGAUUGUAAUCCCUUCACAGUUGGUACUGGCCAGGCUCCUUGGGAUGAUGAAACACCAGGCCCUUCCUACUCCAGCUCAGAGCAGGCUCGUGCUGCCAUAUCUGCUGCUUUGGGCACUUCAGAGAACGGUGAUGAAGGGCCCUCUGCACACACCACUGAGCCUCAAAGGCAGUUACCAGCAAGUGCAGAGACCAAUGGUGCCAGUGGCGACGAUUCCUCUAACAACUGUGCUGUUGUUGGCUAUGUGAAACCACGAGUGGAGAGGACACCAGAACUUGUGGAGCUGUCUUCAGACUCUGAGUCUGAGGCAUCAGCUGAUGGGGGCAAACGUGGAGAAGUGAAAGAAGUACAGCCCAUCCGGUAUCACAGGUUUGAUGCUUAUGGCCACAGAUUAUCUAAAAAAAGGAAAUCUGAUGUACAAGAUUCUCACAGUAGAGAGCGGCAUGGCCUUAAAAGAAAGAGAAAGCAUCAUAGCCGGGAAAAACGAGAAAGGAAGAGAGAUCGCAGCAGACGCAAACAUAGGAAGAACAAAAAGAAGUCAAGAACCAGAGACAAGAGUCUGUCUUGCAAAAGUCAAACACACUCUCCAAGUAGCGAGAGUGGUAUGUCUAGGGAUCGAAGCGGAUCAAGAUCCCGCAGCGGUGAGUCCAGGAAAAGAGAAUCACAGAGCAAAGAUUACUUCAGAGAUGGUUACCAAUGUAAAAAACAUAGCUGUUACCAUAGAAAUAGAAGCCCAGAUGGUUAUGAACCAAGAAGGCAACCCAAUAGCAGAGCUAGAACUCUUUCUAGUGAGUCUGAGGGAACAAGAGCUGAAAAGCCUAGAGGGAAAAGGAAGUACAAGUCUCAUCACUUGGAGAGCAGCACACCCAGAGGAAAUGAAGACGCUUCUUCUGCCAAGGAAGAAAGGGCUCUUCAGACACCUUUGCUCAACUACAGAGACUCUUACAAAAAGACAGCUAGUUUUGUGGCUGGGCAACCAGAAACGGAGAUUCAACACAAAAAGGGGAAGAAAAGGUCGAGAAGCCCAACUGUGGAGAUUAUUGAUGAAGGAAACGCCACCGAUGCGAGACACCAUACAAAGAAGAGGGAAAGGGAGGAAAACACACCAAAAAGCCUUACGGGUAGUUCUCCAUUCUCUUCUCCACUUGUCAUUACAAUAGACAGCGACAGUGACAAAGACCUUGAAAUCCAAGGCAAUAUUGAGCGUGAUAGUAACAUUUCCUGGAGUCCCACCAUGCAACGGAAUGACAGAGAAAGAGAGUUUCCUUCACCCGUCUUGGAAGUCAGAGACUGUAGUUAUGACCGAGCUAAUGAAUCAGACAAAAUUGACAUGGACAGCAAUGUGACUACCACAAUGGAGGAUGAAGAUGAGACUCCACGUAGAGUUGCACAGCUGCAGGAAAGUGCCAAUCAACAGGAAUCUCCUGUGAGGGAGAGUAGUAGUAGUAGUAGUAGUAGUUCACUUGAGACAGGCAAUCAGCCUAGCAGCACAGAAAGGGACUUAGGCAACCGGUUUCUAGCCAACAGAUCGUCUUUGUUUGCAAGGCUGAAAAAGCUGAUGGAAGAGUCACAUCGGCGGGACUCAUAA